CAAUCAGUUACCGAAUUGCCACCGAAACGUUAGCACCGACUUAGGCGCCGGUUUGUGAUGACUGCAGCAAAAUAAAAUAAUUACAAUAAUAAUACAACAACUAAAAAUCAAAAAAUUAUAAUUUUAUUAAUAAAAAAAGCGUCGCAUGAAUUUUAAUCAAUAUCUACCGGAAAAGACUUGCUCUCAACGUCAUUGAAAGUCACCUGAAGUAUACGUUCAGGCGCACUUUUCUUUUCGCGCACACCUAUACGCCAAUCAAUUAGUGUGUCCAGUCAAGGUGGACGCUGAAAAGAAAGUUAUAUAUUUUAAGGCGCUCUACCGUGUGUUCAGUUCACAUAGUAGUAGUGGUGCGUGUGGAUUGUGUAUGCCACCAACGGGUUUCGUUUGCGAUCAUUGCUUCGGCUGAGCAUGCAUACACUUUACGUGCAACAUCUAAGAUCUUAAACUGUAACCGAAUGUUACAUAACCUGUGAGAAUAACGGAAAAUAACUUGUAUUUGUUUUCAAUCAAACGAAAUAGCAAGUACCAUCUUUGAUGCGAGCGUUUUGUGAAUCGACAAACGUUCGAGCACAUGUGCGGGUUACAUUUUAAAACGAGAAAUAGUCCGUCUCAAAAGACGUCCCUGCGCUGGGGCGAUAGUUGCAAUUUUCAUUAAUAAAAAAAUACAAAAAUAUUUGUGCUCGCAGUUUAUUGAAAUAAAUAUAAUAUAAAUAAAAUAUAAAUUGGUAAUUAAAUGCAUGCUUAAAGCAUAUAAAAAAGUACAUAAGUAUUUAAGUCACUAAAAGGAAAUAGAAAAAAUAAAAUAUUCUAAAUCAAUUGGAAACAGUAUCUAAACUAAAACUGAUUCUGUAAGUGUUCCUUUGGCCCGACUAUGUCCAUGAAAACUAAAUAAUAGAAAAUUGAAACUAAGCUUGGACAAGGUCAUCACUCGAAUCACACGAAAAUUAAAAACACAUUUUUGAUUGAAACAAUAAUCUGGAGAUAAUACACGUCGCAACAUGAUUAAUAUCGCUGGUGUGGUGAGCAUCGUGCUCUUCUAUCUGCUAAUUCUGGUCGUGGGCAUAUGGGCGGGACGUAAGAAGGCGGCAGGCAAUGAUUCCGAGGAGGAGGUGAUGCUGGCGGGACGCUCAAUUGGUCUUUUCGUAGGCAUAUUCACAAUGACCGCAACUUGGGUGGGUGGCGGCUACAUAAACGGCACGGCAGAGGCCAUCUACACAUCUGGACUGGUGUGGUGUCAGGCGCCAUUUGGUUAUGCCUUAAGCUUGGUUUUCGGUGGCAUUUUCUUUGCAAAUCCCAUGCGUAAACAAGGUUACAUAACCAUGUUGGAUCCGCUGCAGGACUCUUUUGGUGAACGCAUGGGUGGUUUGCUCUUUCUGCCGGCGCUCUGUGGCGAGGUAUUCUGGGCUGCUGGCAUUUUAGCCGCUUUGGGCGCAACGCUGUCUGUAAUCAUUGACAUGGACCACCGCACUUCGGUGAUACUCUCCUCGUGUAUUGCCAUUUUCUAUACGCUUUUCGGCGGCUUAUAUUCGGUCGCUUACACCGAUGUUAUACAACUAUUUUGCAUAUUUAUCGGCUUGUGGAUGUGUAUACCGUUCGCUUGGGCCAAUGAUCAUGUGAAGAGUUUGUCCUCAAUGGAGGUGGACUGGAUCGGGCAUGUCGAACCGGUGAAACAAUGGUUCUACAUAGACUAUGGACUGCUUUUGAUCUUCGGUGGCAUCCCGUGGCAGGUGUACUUCCAGCGCGUGUUAUCAAGUAAGACAGCUGGUCGCGCUCAAUUGUUGUCGUAUGUUGCGGCAGCUGGUUGCAUCCUUAUGGCGAUCCCGCCGGUACUCAUUGGCGCUAUUGCCAAAGCAACAGCUUGGAAUGAAACCGAAUACACCGGCCCCUAUCCACUAACUGUCGAGCAGACGAGCAUGAUAUUGCCCAUGGUACUACAAUACCUUACACCCGACUUUGUUUCAUUCUUUGGUCUUGGCGCCGUUUCGGCAGCUGUCAUGUCCUCGGCGGAUUCGUCGGUGCUCUCGGCUGCUUCCAUGUUUGCGCGUAAUGUUUACAAAUUAAUUUUCCGUCAAAAAGCUUCCGAGAUGGAGAUAAUUUGGGUGAUGCGUGUGGCCAUCAUAAUCGUGGGUAUACUUUCAACUAUAAUGGCACUUACGAUUCCCUCCAUCUAUGGUCUUUGGUCCAUGUGCUCGGAUUUGGUGUAUGUCAUUUUGUUCCCACAACUUUUGAUGGUCGUGCACUUUAAAAAGCACUGUAAUACUUACGGUAGCUUAGCUGCCUACAUUGUGGCGCUCUUUAUUCGUCUGUCGGGUGGUGAGGCAUUGGUUGGUCUGGCGCCGCUCAUACAUUUUCCCGGCUAUGACGAGGAGACACAAACCCAGUUAUUCCCCUUCCGCACCACGGCCAUGUUAAUGAGUCUGAUCACGCUGAUAGGUGUUUCUUGGUGGACAAAAAUGAUGUUUGAAUCGGGUAAACUUCCACCGAAUUACGACUAUUUUCGUUGUGUAGUGAAUAUUCCUGAAGAUGUACAAAGAGUGGGAGAGCCUUCAGAAGCUGGAGAGCAGCUUUCUGUUAUGGCUGGUCCAUUGGCACGUUCCUAUGGUGCAGCUACGAUGGCUGGCAAAGAUGAGCGCAACGGACGUAUUAAUCCGGCGCUCGAGUCCGACGACGAUUUACCCGUGGCCGAGGCGAAACGUAUGAAUCAGCAGACAGCGCAGGCGCAGGUGCAGAAAAUGUUGAGCAAGGCGACGGGUAAAGGUGGCGGCAGCGCCAGUGACUGCGGAGGCGGAGUCGGAGUCGGCUGUGAUGUGGGCAUGGGUCUCAAUUUAAGCGGACAAGGUAUGGCUGUGCCAACUGCUGAGCAUGAUAAUACUGCCUUCUAAGCACAUGUUCAAAUACACACAUAAACACACACAUGCAGAUACAUAUAAAGUGCAUAUAUAAUUAUAAAAUUGAAUUUAAUUAUUUAAAAAGUAAAAAUAGAAAAUUGAAAUAAUGGAAUUCGCUAUCAUCUUAAAUGAUUAAAAACAAAAACACAAAAUUAAUAUGCAGAAUUUAAGCAAAAGUGCUCAUGAAACACACACAUACAAACAUAACUUUAAAUGCAAAUAUAUUUGGUAAUGACUUAGAGGAAAGCUUGCCAAGCAGUUGGAUAAUGCAAUUUGAAGGCAAUUAAUAACUAAGCUUAUGAAACAAACAUAUCAACGCAGCAAAAUGCGUAAGGAAGAAGCAGAAAACUAAACUAAUUAUACAAAAAUAAUAUACAUAUAGUUAUAUACAUAUAUUAACUGCUGUUAUAAACUAUUUUUGUGUAGUGUUGCCAGUGUUAACAGCUUGUGCUUUUUGUUUUUUGUUCAAUGUGUUUUUCGGCUAAUAAGUACUUAAAGAAUAAUGCGUAUUGUAAAAACUUUAAAAGUAAUGCAAUGUUAAACAUUCUAUUUGAAAUUAGCAUUAGGCAGUAUGGUCUUAAAAAUUAACUAUAAUUAUCUAUAUAGGUUUGUUUGUUCUAUGUAUGUAUUUGUGCUUGCUUGCAACGGAUUCUAAUCUCUAGCAGUUCAUAAGGAAGAACUUUGCACAGAAAAUGCAGUAGUGACAUUUCUUGUUGUUGGCUUAAAUAUUGAUUACCACACACUAGUUAUAUGUAAUGUUAGUUUUUCUGCGUCAUUAAGUGUUGAAAUUUGCAUUUUAGUAACUAAAACUGUUAAAUCUUAAGAGAAUACAAAGUGCUCAGGUGCCGUGAAUAAGUGUGUCUAUGAAUUAAUAGUUUUAAAAUAAGUUAAAAUAAUAUUUUAAAUUAAAUUA